AUGGCGUGGAAGAUGCUAAUAGAGGUGGACAAAUGUAAUGAAAGGAUGGCAGUACAGAUGCCAUUGAUGCUGAUGAGAGAAGAACAGUGGAUAGCCAGUCUGAGAACACUGUGUACCCGACAUUCUCAAGCUGGCAAGAAGCUGGAAGUUCGCCAUGCCCCGAGUCUUGAGGACUUUGACCACAAGCUGAUGGAGACAGAUACCUACCUCCAGAUGCUUAUAGACCAAGUCCAGGCCUUGGAAACACGUAUUGAAGACUGUCCUGAUGAAGCAGAGAGGGAGAAAUACAGUGUCAUAAAAGUAACUGCUGAUGGACUGGUCGAGGCAAUCAAACACACCAUUGUGAUGCUACAGAUCACCAAGGAGAGCCUAAAGGAACCAAUCUUGAAUGGCUCCCCCCAUGACCAGCUGCUACUUACCAACGAUGCCAACUUCAGCCACUUCAGCGACAUCAAACGUCAAGUUCCUGCUUCCCUGUCCACCGACAACAUUGAGCAGGCCGUGGAUGUCGCUAAUGACGCACCAGUCUCAUCCAGUACCUCGCUACCUAACAUAGCAAUACCCUCCGGGUCGACCCUGGGGCCACCAAUAGUGACAGACAGCACACUGAAUGGGGGGACUGGCAUCCCCGAUGUCUCCUACUCCAGCAGCGAGGAUGAAGAGUUCUACGAUGCUGAGGAGCAGAAGUCGUCACAGAAGACCACCCCCGAACGUGAACUCUCCACACAUAUGGUGGAAGGUGACGAGAACGGCGAGACACAAGUCUCACCACCAGUUAUAGCUUCCAAAGAUGAUUACUAUGAUGAACUCUAUGAUGAUUUAGAUAAAGAGGACCUGGGGUCGCUGGAGCAGCACGGCAGCAUCAUCGCCCACCUCCUGUCCCAGGUCCGCAUCGGGAUGGAUCUAACCAAGGUCGUCCUACCCACCUUUAUUCUUGAACGAAGGUCUUUGUUGGAAAUGUAUGCUGACUUCUUUGCUCAUCCGGAUCUAUUUGUCAAAGUUGUUGACCUUGAGACUCCGCGUGAGCGCAUGGUGCAGGUUGUUCGGUGGUACUUGUCCGCCUUCCACGCCGGAAGGAACAGCGACAUAGCCAAGAAACCAUACAACCCGAUACUCGGGGAGACAUUCAAAUGCUUCUGGAACCUUCCUGAUGAAAAAUCUACGGAAGCAGUUGAAGAUGGUCCUGUUCCCUGGGCAACCAAAGACAGCAUAGCAUUCAUAGCAGAACAAGUGUCUCACCACCCACCCAUUUCGGCAUUCUAUGCUGAACACCACAGUAAGCGCAUCUCCCUGGACGGGUACAUCUGGACCAAGUCCAAGUUCCUGGGUCUGUCCAUCGGUGUCCAUAUGAUUGGUCAGGCCGUGGUGUCUGUUCUGGAUUAUGACGAGGAAUACACACUCACCUUCCCCAAUGGUUACGGCAGGUCGAUCCUGACAGUGCCAUGGGUGGAGCUGGGAGGGAAAGUACAGAUUGCAUGUGCCAAAACAGGAUACAGCGCCACUGUGGAGUUCCAUACAAAACCAUUCUAUGGAGGGAAGAAACACCGAAUAACAAGUAAGGUGUUCGAACCCAACGAGAAGCUCCCUUUCCUCACCGUGGAGGGAGAAUGGAAUGGAGUGAUGUAUGGCAAAUAUACCUCAGGGCAAAAUGAAACAUUUGUAGACACAAAGACAUUACCUAAGUUCAAGAAAAUGGUGAGACCGACUGACCAGCAAGAGGAGUAUGAGUCUCGCAGGUUAUGGCGAGAUGUGACAUACAACCUCAAGCACAAGAAUGUGGAGAAGGCGACGGAGGGAAAGCAGUUCCUGGAACAGCGGCAGCGUGACGAGGCCAAAGACCGGAAGGAGAAGGGGGAGAGAUGGGAAACCAAGUGCUUCCAUGAGGUCGGUGAGCACUGGGUGUACGACCGGCCAUUGCUGAAGAGAGAUAAUCCAUCACCGUCAGUGUGAUGACGACCUUGGUAAUGAAGGCCACUGUAUCAACAAUGUUCCUGGGGUCUGAGGCUAAGGCAGCCACACAGACACAGACAGACAGACAGACAGACACACAGACAGACACACACACACACACACACACACACACACAGAGGAAUGAUUAAUUGAUAUAAACAAUGUGAUAUCCAUUGUCAUUUUGAUGACACUUAUUGUCGGAAUACACAAGUGCUUUUUUUUUUAGUUUUGCAUCCUGCCUGUAUGAUCUUAUUGAUGGUGGUUGUGUAUACAGGGCAUCUCGGUCAAAAUAAGUUUGGAGAAACAAAUGAAAGUUUAUGUAGAAAAUGAUCAGGUUAGUAAAGCAUAAUCAUGAUAUUAUCAUCAGGGAAGAAUGAGAAAAGUACAAUGUGAAUAGUGGACUUGACUGAUUUAUGUUGUGACUUGGAGAAGAUGUUUAUAUGGCUUGUUGGUGCUUGCUAGACUGAAGUUGAGAGUCUUGAGACUGCUAAUGUCAACAUGGUCAGUCUAGAGGAUACUCUUUACUUCUACUUACUUACCUCUCUGUACUUCCAGUGCCAUCUAUCAUUUUGUCCCUUGUGCUCUUGUCAGGAAGUUUUGGAUGAUGGUGUAGGCAUGAUUUGAUAACACACUAUUGUGGCAGAUCAAAUUUUCAGGCCUCUCAGAUGUUUACUCAGCGAUCAGUCAUAUGAAUGUAGGCUAUGUGCAGUCUGAGAUUUAAAACUACAAGACAGAAAACUCAGCAAGAUUCAUCAGCCCUGUCAACUUAUUUAACGACACCCAUCGCAUGUAUCAGAGACCUGUUUGUUUUGCUGGUUUGCUUAACUGAUCUCCUGACAGCGCUACACCUGUAGUUGGCCUACUGGGCUUAUCUACUCACUUGCCUACAGUUUUACUAGUUGGCCUACUGGGUUUAUCUACUCACUUGCCUACAGC